CCAAUGAUGAAACCGAGAUGGAUCAUACGUUAAGUAAUUUUGUCAGAGAAAUUAUCCAGUUUUUAAAAGCAGACGACACAGAAAGAGCGCGAAAAUUACGUCAAAGCACAUCCGGUAAUGAAAUGGCGCAGAUAUUUGAACAACUAGCAAAUUCUGAGCUUGCAAUUUUCAACAAAUAUUGUGGACAGAAUAGCACAAUAUGCCUACCAGGACCUAAGGGCGAGAAAGGGGACCCCGGCCUUGCUGGAACUGCGGGGAUAAAGGGGGAUUCCGGGACAGCAGGUGAGAAGGGGUCAAAGGGCGAUAUAGGUUCACCCGGCCUAAAAGGUCUAAAAGGAGAACCGGGAAUGCUGGGAUUCCCGGGGGUCAAAGGUGACAAGGGCGUAGAUGGACUUCCGGGGCUGAGCGGCCCGGCGGGAAUAAAAGGAGACAAGGGCGAUAAAGGAGACCUGGGGUCAGAGGGUCCGCCCGGAAAAGACGGGGCCCCAGGUCCCCCGGGGGUCAAAGGUGAAAAAGGUCGAGUGGGUGACCCAGGUAUGUUGGGACAAAAGGGAGACAGAGGAGAUUUUGGUCCACCUGGAAUUCCCGGGGCUAAAGGAGCUGCAGGGUUCCCAGGAUUAAAGGGUGACAAAGGAGACUCGGGAACACCUGGCACGCCUGGACCUCCGGGGGUACGUGGUGAAAAGGGCGAUCCCGGGGUUAACGGCUCUAGUGGCCCCCAGGGUCUGAAAGGAGAACCUGGAACAAAAGGGGACCGUGGGGAGGCGGUGACAAUGCAGCCAGCACACCCUGUGUCCUCAUGCUGUGAUAGUCUAGAAAGACCAUACUUCAACCAAACAACGGAAGAAAUCCACGCUCUUGAGGGAACAACCAUCACUUUACACUGUAAUGCGCACGGUCAUCCCAAACCAAAAGUGGAGUGGAUAUUAUCCUCCAAAAAUGGAUCAUCAAAAGUUAUUCCAUUUUCCAACCAAGAAACUAUUACUCUGCCCAAUCUCGAUCCCGACGCUAAUUCAGGGACCUAUAUGUGCACGGCUUCCAGCGCUCUCGGUCAGGCGUCAAAAACAGUCCAACUUAAUGUAUAUGAGCACAUAAGAAUAGUGGACCACAUAUCAAACCAUACUUUACUCGUGGGUCAAAACGUCGUGUUCGAAUGUAAAUUUGGCGGUGAGCCCAAACCUACAGUCACGUGGUACCACGUGAACAAAGACGGUACACGAACUAAGAUUACGGACGGCGUUAUUGAGAUUCCCGAGGGGUCACAGCUGGGGAUCCCGUCCGUGGGGAUAGCGGAUAGAGGGGAGUAUGUAUGUGAAGCGAGCAAUGGGGUAGAGACUAUCUCUGAGCAUGCGUAUCUUCUGACACAAGGUCCCCCCUCAAUAACACCCCCAACCCCAGUGACAGGCCUUGUGGGACAUAACAUAACGCUUCACUGUGACGUACACGGCGAACCCAAACCCAUAACAACAUGGGUAGCUCCACCGAACGUCAACAACGCGUACGAGGAUAAGAAGGGAGACCUGGUGCUACUGAAUCUCCAGACCGGGGACGCGGGGUCCUACAUCUGCCGGGCUACCAACUCCUUCGGCACCGUCAACUCCGUGGUCUCUCUGGUGGUACAUGGACCUGGAAAAGUUGAGAUAGCCGGUAACCACAUGUUUCCCGUAAAACCUUCCACCACAAGUUUUGCUAUCGACUGCAAGGCUUCUGGUGAGGCGCCACUCAAUGUUCAGUGGUACCAUGACGGUAAACCCGUGGUACCCAACCCCACACACGUGGUUCUACCAGACCACACCCUACUGGUACUGUCAGUCAACCGGCCUGCUGAUUAUGGUCGUUAUAUGUGUGUGGCGUCCAAUAUUUAUGGCUCCGACAAUGCAACGGCUUUUGUUUAUGAAGACAAAGGCAUGGUAACUUGUGAUGUACCUUUUACACCAUGCCCCGGUAAACUGUGUGGGGCGACCUGUCCAUCUGGUUGUCAACUAAGAAUUGUUGAUGGAACAGCUUCUUAUCCAGCGUCCGAACCCCUGUGUUCGAGUGCAAUACAGAGUGGAGCAAUCCAAAGCAAUGGCGGCGUGGUCACGUGGCAGACGGCGGGAAACGUAGCAACAAUACAGAUGGGAUGAUAUGAUUGUAAAAGGCA